UGCGGCCACGAGCGGCCGGCAGCCCCAGAUAGAGAGCAGCGGCGAGAGGGCCCGGCCCUGCGGCGGCGCCGAGUUCGAGGCCCCGAGAGUUCGGAGGAGGAGCCGACACCCGGCCCUGAGCUGAUCCCUCCCCAGCCCCGGAGGGAUUCCCGGGUCCCCUUCCCACGGCUCGCGGACUUCCCUCUGUGACGAAGUUUUGUCCUUUUGCCUUCGGAGGAUUUAUCGCUAGCUCUAGAACUGGCCUUCUGGCCGACCUUUUCAGUUUGUAUUGGAAGAUAACUUUUGCUCCAACCCGCAUCCCUUUUCCUCGAUCCCUUCCAAUCGGAUGUUCUAGAUGACUGAAUGGAGUUUCGAGUUGGACUUUUGUGUCCCUGACGAAGUUGGGCCUGAUCUCAGUGCACUGGGGGUGGGGCGGAGGUGUUACUGUAAAAUGCAAGUUGGAUAAAGGGAGGACCUCUCGCCAAGGGCCCCAAUGAGUGGCACACAGUCUACUAUCACCGACAGGUUUCCCCUCAAAAAACCUAUAAGGCAUGGGAGUAUCUUGAACCGAGAGUCACCAACCGAUAAGAAGCAGAAAGUUGAACGCAGUACAUCACAUGAUUUUGACCCCACAGAUAGCUCCUCCAAGAAGACAAAGUCUAGUUCAGAGGAGAGUAGAUCCGAGAUAUAUGGUCUUGUUCAGCGUUGUGUGAUUAUCCAGAAAGAUGACAAUGGAUUUGGGCUGACAGUCAGUGGAGACAAUCCAGUCUUCGUACAGUCCGUCAAAGAAGAUGGAGCAGCCAUGCGGGCUGGAGUACAGACAGGUGAUCGAAUCAUCAAGGUGAACGGGACUCUGGUGACUCAUUCAAACCAUUUGGAGGUGGUGAAGCUAAUCAAAUCUGGUUCCUAUGUAGCUCUCACUGUUCAGGGACGCCCACCUGGGUCGCCCCAGAUUCCACUUGCUGAUUCUGAAGUAGAGCCGUCAGUCAUUGGACAUAUGUCUCCCAUCAUGACAUCCCCUCAUUCACCUGGAGCAUCUGGGAAUAUGGAGAGAAUCACCAGUCCUGUGCUCAUGGGGGAGGAAAACAAUGUGGUUCAUAACCAGAAAGUGGAAAUUCUGAGAAAAAUGUUACAGAAAGAACAAGAACGGCUACAGUUAUUACAGGAAGAUUACAGCCGAACACCUGCCCAAAGACUGCUAAAAGAGAUCCAAGAGGCCAAGAAACACAUUCCUCAGCUGCAAGAGCAGUUAUCCAAAGCCACAGGCUGUGCUCAGGAUGUAGCCAUAGUUAUACCCUCUAGGUCUUUAGGUGAUCCCCUGACGGUCAAUGAGGCAGAAGCAGAUCCUGGAGAUGGAGUGGGCAGGACUGACUGUAGCAGUGGAGAUGCUUCUCGGCCCAGUAAUGACAAUGCUGAUAGUCCCAAGACUGGCCUGAAAGAGAGGAUUUUUGUAGAUGAAAACCCAGAGAAAAAUGAAGCAAUUCAGGACAAGGACACCGAUACUCAGUCACUUGUGGGGAGUCCCUCAACCCGUAUAGCACCUCAUAUUAUUGGAGCGGAGGAUGAUGAUUUUGGUACUGAACAUGAACAGAUCAAUGGGCAGUGCAGCUGUUUCCAGAGCAUUGAACUUCUAAAAUCUCGCCCUGCUCACUUGGCUGUUUUCUUACACCAUGUAGUUUCACAGUUUGACCCUGCAACAUUGCUUUGUUAUCUCUAUUCAGACCUGUAUAAGCAGACCAAUUCCAAGGAAACUCGUCGCAUCUUCCUUGAGUUUCAUCAGUUCUUCCUGGAUCGAUCUGCACACCUGAAAGUUUCUGUUCCUGAUGAAAUAUCUGUAGAUCUAGAAAAGAGAAGACCUGAGCUUAUUCCUGAGGAUCUACAUCGCCACUAUAUCCAAACUAUGCAAGAAAAAGUCCACCCAGAAGUUCAGAGGCACUUGGAAGAUUUUCGGCAGAAACGUAGUAUGGGACUGACCUUGGCUGAAAGUGAGCUAACUAAACUUGAUGCAGAGCCUAACAAGGACCGGAUAACUUUGGAGAAGGAGCGGGCAUGUGCAGAACAGAUUAUUGCCAAAAUUGAAGAAGUGUUGAUGACUGCUCAGGCUGUAGAAGAAGAUAAGAGUCUUAUCUCCCCUAGUUCCACAAUGCAGUAUGUUAUUCUCAUGUACAUGAAGCAUUUGGGAGUAAAAGUGAAAGAACCCCGGAAUUUGGAGCACAAGCGAGGUCGGAUUGGAUUCCUUCCAAAAAUCAAGCAAAGUAUGAAGAAAGAUAGAGAAGGCGAAGAAAAAGGGAAGCGAAGAGGAUUCCCCAGUAUCCUGGGACCCCCAAGGAGACCAAGCCGUCAUGACAACAGUGCAAUUGGCAGAGCCAUGGAACUACAGAAGCAACGUUACCCUAAGCACUUACCCACACCCUCGUCUGUGAGUCCUGAACCCCAGGACUCUGCUAAGUUGCGCCAGAGUGGGUUAGCAAAUGAAGGAACAGACACUGGAUACCUGCCUGCCAAUUCCAUUUCUUCAGUGGCUUCAGGGGCCACUCUUUCCCAGGAAGGAGGGAAAGAGAAUGAUACGGGAUCAAAGCAAGUUGGAGAAACACCAACAUCUGGAGACUUCUUAGAUGGCAUACCCCGUACUCCCAAUACUGUCUUUGAUUUCCCACCUCCUCCAUUAGACCAAGUACAGGAGGAGGAAUUCGAAAUAGAAAGGGUGACUGAACAUGGGACACCAAAGCCCUUUCGGAAGUUUGACAGCAUUGCUUUUGGAGAAAGUCAAAGUGAGGAUGAACAAUUUGAAAAUGAUUUAGAGACAGAUCCACCAAACUGGCAGCAGCUUGUUAGUAGAGAAGUGUUAUUGGGACUAAAACCUUGUGAGAUCAAAAGACAGGAAGUGAUUAAUGAGUUGUUCUACACAGAAAGAGCUCAUGUUCGAACACUGAAGGUUCUUGAUCAAGUGUUCUAUCAGCGAGUGUCCAGAGAAGGAAUUCUGUCACCAUCAGAACUACGAAAGAUUUUUUCAAACUUGGAAGAUAUUCUUCAACUCCAUAUUGGGUUGAAUGAGCAAAUGAAGGCUGUUCGAAAGAGGAAUGAGACCUCUGUUAUUGAUCAUAUUGGAGAAGAUUUGCUGUUCUGGUUCAGUGGACCAGGAGAAGAGAAGUUGAAACAUGCUGCUGCUACCUUUUGCAGUAACCAGCCUUUCGCCCUGGAAAUGAUCAAAUCUCGUCAGAAAAAGGAUUCUCGAUUCCAGACUUUUGUGCAAGAUGCUGAGAGUAAUCCACUGUGUCGUCGUCUUCAGCUGAAGGAUAUCAUUCCCACCCAAAUGCAAAGGCUCACUAAGUACCCACUUCUAUUGGAUAAUAUUGCCAAAUACACAGAAUGGCCAAUGGAAAGGGAAAAGGUGAAGAAAGCUGCAGAUCACUGUCGUCAGAUCUUAAAUUAUGUAAAUCAGGCUGUCAAGGAGGCAGAAAACAAGCAGCGCUUAGAAGAUUAUCAGCGUCGCCUUGAUACUUCCAAUCUGAAGUUGUCAGAGUACCCCAAUGUUGAAGAGCUCAGGAAUUUGGAUUUAACAAAAAGGAAGAUGAUUCACGAAGGGCCAUUGGUUUGGAAGGUGAAUAGAGAUAAAACUAUUGAUCUAUACACAUUGCUGCUGGAAGACAUUCUUGUAUUGUUACAAAAGCAGGAUGAUAGACUGGUAUUAAGGUGUCAUAGUAAGAUUCUGGCAUCUACAGCUGAUAGCAAACAUACUUUUAGUCCUGUCAUUAAGUUGAAUACAGUGUUGGUUCGACAAGUGGCAACAGAUAACAAAGCUUUGUUCGUUAUCUCUAUGUCAGACAAUGGAGCCCAAAUUUAUGAACUGGUGGCACAAACAGUUUCUGAAAAGACUGUCUGGCAGGACCUUAUCUGUCGGAUGGCUGCAUCAGUAAAGGAACAAUCUACAAAGCCAAUUCCAUUACCAGAGUCACCACCUUGCGAAGGAGACAAUGAUGAAGAGGAACCUACAAAAUUAAAAGUGGAGCAUCAUGAUAUUUCAGUCCCUGGUCUGCAGAAUUCAGACAGAGAUUUGGGAUUAGAAUCUUCCUUAAUAUCAUCAAAACCUCCGUCUCAUGCAUUGAGUACCUCUGGGAAAUCAGAGGUAGAUGAUCUCUUUGUGGCUGAGAGACAGUUUGCAAAGGAGCAGCAUGCAGGUGCAACUCUAAAGGAAGUUGGAGUAAAUUAUCAGUUGUCAAUCCCAGAUCCACAUUUGCCUGUCUCAGAAGAACGGUGGGCAUUGGAUGCACUAAGGAAUUUGGGCUUAUUGAAGCAGUUGCUGGUACAACAGCUAGGUUUGACUGAGAAGAGCACUCAGGAAGACUGGCAACCUUUUCCAAGAUAUAGGAUAACCUCUCAGGGGGUACAGGCAGAUGGUGGAAUGCAGAACUCUGAAAAUAUUAAGGCCUGCCAUCCUGCUGAAGGACAGAUGCCCUUUAGAACUGGAACUGGUGACAUUGCAACUUGUUACAGUCCACGGACUUCAACUGAAUCUUCUGCUCCACGGGAUUCAGUGGUACUGGCAUACCAAGAUAGCCAGGCAAGUAACAUUUUGGUAAUGGACCACAUGAUUAUGACCCCAGAGAUGCCUACCACAGAGCCAGAAGGGGGUCUUGAGGAGAGUGGAGAGCACUUUUUUGAUGCCCGUGAAGCACAUAGUGAUGAUAAUCCAUCAGAAGGUGAUGGAGCAGUUAAAGUGGAAGAGAAGGAUGUUAAUUUACACAUCUCAGGAAAGUAUUUGAUCCUUGAUGGCUAUGAAACAGUGCAGGAGAGCUCCACAGAUGAGGAGGUUGCUUCCUCAUUUACCCCACAACCCAUGACAGGCAUCCCCUCUAUGGACUCCGCCCACCAGCAGCAACAUUCUCCCCAGAAUGCUCAUUCUGAUGGGGCAGUUUCACCAUUCACCCCAGAAUUCCUGGUCCAGCAGCGCUGGGGAGCUAUGGAGGAUUCCCGUUUUGAGAUCCAGAGUCCCUCCUUUUGUGCAGAUUCACAAAGCCAGAUCAUGGAGUACAUUCAUAAGAUAGAGGCUGACCUUGAACACUUAAAGAAGGUGGAGGAAAGUUACACCAUUCUUUGCCAAAGGCUGGCUGGAUCAGCCCUCACAGACAAGCUCUCAGAUAAAAGUUAGAGGUGCGUGUCCUGGAGGUGACUGCAGAUUGUUGGACUUUGAGCAUCGGCAUUAUCUCACCAUAUCCUGGCUCCAGUGUGGACACACAGAGUGUUUUACAGAGGACCUGCCUGUGAACCACCUGGGGUUAACCAUGUCCCAAGGUGCCCAGAGCGGGACUAGUUCUUCACAGUGUGGCAGCUGCACUAGUCUGUCAGUGAGGGAAUAUCCAUUCUCUCACUCUCCUCUUCUCACUAUUGGAAAUUCAUUUUGAUUCAGAACAAAAACCAAAUGUAUAGAGCUUUGGGUGUAGGAUAUGAAAUUGUACUUAGACUUAAGAAAAAGAGAAAAAUCAGAUGUAUUUAUUUGACUUCAUUCCGUAUUUGAAAGCACAUUUUAAUUUUUAUUUUGCCUUGUUUUGUUUUAAUUGAGUAGUGGGAGUUUUAGCUUUCUGUAUUUAGUGCAACCAAGGAUCAAUCGCUCCUGAAGCUAAGAGGUCAGGAUGGGUAUUAGGAGGUUGGGUAGAGAGGUGAAGAGGAGGAGGAAGUGUGAAGGGGAAGGGAGAGCAUCUUUCCUUCACUCAGCUGUAUUCCAUGCCCUCUGCUGUAGGCUGCUUUACUGAGGGUCACCUCAAACGCAUAGUAUCCCUGUGGCUCUUCUGGGCAGAGGACUUGAGCUAUGUGCUGCCCAGGUGGUCAGAGAGUAGGUGGGCUUUGUCCCACCCUGAGGCAAGCACCUCUUCUCUGUAGCUGGGAUCAACCCCAAUUAACAGGAAUCCUCAAUGUACUAAAUAUCAGGCACUUGAAAA